GCACAAGCGCCUAAGUGUGAUGAGCGUCGUUCUUCAAAGGCGUGGAAUAAGUAAAAAUAAUAUAAACCUACUGCGUCAUAGAAUAUUAAAAGGGCAGGUCUUUGUGGAGACUAAUUAAGAAAUAGGUUAUUUUCAAAUUUCGUGAAGUGAGCUAAAAUCACCGUAACAAUUACUAGUUUGUGAAAUAAACUGAAGAAUGACAAAAAAGGUAGAUACGAUUCACAUAAACGGAGCGACUGACGAGAACAACGACGGUAAUGCCGAAGACCAAGUCCCCGAAGCCGGCAACAUCUUGUCGAAAACUCAGGCUGAUAGCAGUGCAAGCUUUUUGAGAGCUGCUAGGUCAGGAAAUGUAGAAAAAGUGCUAGAGUAUUUGAAAGGAAGCACUGACAUCAACGCCAGUAAUGCUAAUGGGUUGAAUGCCUUGCAUCUUGCUUCUAAAGAAGGUCAUGUGAAUAUUGUUAGUGAGUUGUUAAAGAGAGGAGCCAAUGUAAAUGCUUCUACAAAGAAAGGAAAUACAGCUUUACAUAUUGCCUGCUUAGCAGGUCAGGAAGCAGUGGUAAAAAUUUUAAUUCAGAGUGGUGCUAAUGUUAAUGUUCAGUCCCAAAAUGGCUUCACUCCCCUAUACAUGGCUGCACAGGAAAACCAUGAUAGUGUUGUUCGCUUCUUACUGGCCAAUGGAGCUAAUCAAAGCCUUGCAACAGAGGAUGGUUUUACACCCCUUGCAGUAGCCCUUCAACAAAGUCAUGACAAAGUAGUGACCAUUUUGCUAGAGAAUGAUGCCAAGGGAAGAGUUCGACUUCCAGCUCUCCAUAUCGCUGCCAAAAAAGAUGACUGCAAGGCAGCUGAUGUACUUCUUCAAAAUGACCACAAUCCAGAUGUUACUUCAAAGAGUGGCUUUACACCUCUCCACAUUGCAGCUCAUUAUGGCAAUGAAAGUAUUGGCUCUCUUCUACUUGAAAAAGGUGCAGAUAUUAACUACACUGCCAAGCACCAAAUAACUCCCCUUCAUGUAGCAUCAAAAUGGGGAAAGGCAAAUAUGGUGUCACUGCUAGUAGAAAAAGGAGCCAAAAUUGAUUCACCUACACGAGAUGGACUAACACCCCUGCAUUGUGCUGCCCGGAGUGGCCAUGAUCAUGUAGUAGAUUUAUUGCUUGAAAAAGGUGCUCCAAUUACAGCUAAAACAAAGAAUGGACUUGCUCCUCUUCACAUGGCAUCUCAGGGAGACCAUGUUGACAGUGCUAGAAUAUUACUGUUUCACAAAGCUCCAGUUGAUGAUGUCACAGUUGAUUUUCUCACAGCUUUACAUGUAGCAGCUCACUGUGGCCAUGUCAGAGUAGCCAAACUUCUUCUUGACCGUAAAGCUGACCCUAAUGCUAGAGCCUUGAAUGGUUUCACUCCACUUCACAUUGCUUGUAAGAAGAACAGAAUUAAGGUUGUUGAACUACUUUUGAAGUACGGAGGCUCCAUUGAAGCUACAACAGAGUCUGGUCUUACACCUCUGCAUGUAUCUGCUUUUAUGGGAAAUAUGAACAUUGUCAUCUUUUUGAUUCAACAUGGAGCUGAUCCAAACAUUCAAACAGUUAGGGGAGAAACUCCAAUGCAUUUGGCUGCAAGAGCUAAUCAAGCAGACAUUAUUCGAAUCCUUUUAAGAAAUGGAGCUAGUGUGGAUGCUAAAGCAAGAGAACAUCAGACACCUUUACACAUUGCUGCUAGGCUAGGUAAUGUGGACAUUGUCAGUUUGCUGAUCCAGAAUGGUGCAGAAGUAGAUGCCACAACCAAAGACAUGAACACUGCUCUUCAUGUUGCAGCUAAAGAAGGACAAGAAGAGGUUGCUUCUGUGUUGCUGGACAAUGGAGCAUCUCUUACUGCUGUUACCAAGAAAGGUUUUACUCCUCUUCAUCUGGCUGCUAAGUAUGGAAAUAUUAAUGUAGUAAGACUUCUACUCCAAAAAGAUAGUCCAGUCGAUGCUCAGGGAAAGAAUGGUGUAACACCAUUACAUGUGGCAGCACAUUACGACCAUGCCAAUGUAGCACUGCUAUUGCUUGAAAAGGGAGCAUCUCCUCAUGCUGCUGCAAAGAAUGGCUACACCCCACUUCAUAUUGCUGCUAAGAAAAAUCAAAUGGAUAUUGCUACGAGUCUACUGGAAUAUGGAGCUAAAACCAUUGCAGAAUCCAAGGCUGGUUUUAUGCCACUUCACCUUGCUGCUCAGGAAGGACAUACACACAUGACUACACUGUUGAUUGAACACAAUGCUGAUGUGAAUGCUAAAGCUAAGAAUGGUCUUACCCCUAUUCAUCUCUGCGCUCAAGAGGAUCAUGUAAAUGUAGCAGCAAUUUUAGUGAAGAAUGAUGCUGUUGUUGAUUCCCAAACAAAUGCUGGGUACACUCCAUUACAUGUUGCUUGUCACUUUGGUCAAGUUAACAUGGUUAGGUUCUUGUUGCAACAUGGUACUAAUGUGAAUUCCAUUACAUCGCAUGGAUACACACCACUUCAUCAAGCAGCACAACAGGGACAUACUUUGAUAAUCAAUCUUCUCCUGGAGCACAAAGCCUCUCCUAAUGCCUUGACUAAUCAAGGGCAAACAGCAUUGUCAAUUGCCAACCGUCUUGGUUACAUCUCAGUUCUGGAGACUUUGAAGGUUGUUACAGAAAAUUCUACUAUAACUACUACAAACGCCAUGACAGAAGAAAAGUACAAGGUCGUAUCACCUGAGACUAUGCAAGAAACCUUCAUUAGUGACUCUGAGGAUGAAGGGGAAGAUACAAUUUUGGGAGACCAGUCAAUGCGUUACCUGACAGUAGAUGAAAUGAAGUCACUUGGAGAUGACUCACUGCCUAUGGAUGUUACCAGGGAUGAGAGGGCCACUGAUUCAAUGUUAAUGAGUGUUGAUUAUGUAGCCCCAUUAACAGUGGAGGAAGAUAACCUUUCACCUAUUCAUGUCAGCCACAAUGUUGAGAAAACAUUUGUGGGUAACUACACUACAGAUAACAUUGACAUAUCGAGGGCACCUGUUCAUGCAGGCAAGCUAAAAUGGAAGACGUUCCUUGUCAGCUUUAUGGUGGAUGCUCGAGGAGGGGCCAUGCGAGGAUGCCGACAUUCAGGUGUAAGAGUAAUAAUACCACCACGGAAAGCUUCUAUGCCUAUGAGAAUCACUUGUCGUUACUUGAGAAAAGAAAAAUUAGUCCACCCUCCUCCACUAAUGGAGGGAGAAGCUUGUGCCUCACGGAUUUUAGAGGUUGGGCCUGUUGGAGCUAAGUUCUUAGGACCUGUGGUAAUUGAAGUUCCACACUUUACAUCUCUUCGAGGGAAAGAACGAGAGAUAACUAUUUUACGCAGUGAUAAUGGAGAAGUUUGGCGAGAGCAUACACUCGAGGCAACAGAUGAAGCAGUUCAAGAUGUCUUGAAUGAGAGUUUUGAAGGAGAAGAACUAAAUGCCUUGGAAGAUCUUAACACCAAACGCAUUACCCGAAUCCUGACCACAGAUUUUCCUCAAUAUUUUGCUCUUGUCAGUCGGGUAAAACAAGAAGUCCAUUCUAUUGGACCUGAGGGUGGUAUGGUCAGUUCUACAGUAGUUCCCCAGGUCCAGGCUAUUUUCCCAGAGGGAGCACUAACAAAGAAGAUUAAAGUAGGACUUCAGGCACAGCCAAUUCUUCCAGAGCUUGUAUCAAAAAUGCUGGGAAACUCUGUGGGUGUGAGCCCUAUUGUCACUGUAGAACCACGAAGAAGAAAAUUUCACAAGCCCAUCACCCUAACCAUUCCAGUGCCACAGGCAGCUACCAAGGGCAUGAUCAAUCAGUAUAGUGGAGAUGCUCCAACUCUGAGGUUAUUGUGCAGCAUAACAGGAGGAACUACUAAAGCACAGUGGGAGGAUGUGACUGGAUCAACACCUCUGACCUUUGUUAAUGACUGUGUUUCAUUCACAACUACAGUAUCAGCAAGGUUUUGGUUGAUGGACUGCAGACAAGUUAGUGAAGUUGGAAAGUAUGCAGCUGAGUUGUAUAGAGAAGCAAUCUAUGUUCCCUUCAUGGCCAGGUUUGUGGUGUUUGCCAAGCGUUAUGAACCAAUGGAGGCUGAACUUCGAGUAUUUUGCAUGACAGAUGACAAAGAGAAGACACUAGAGAGUCAAGAAAACUUUACUGAAAUAGCUAAGAGUCGAGAAGUUGAAGUUAUGGAGGGGAAAUCUCAAUAUCUGGAAUUUGCUGGAAACUUUGUGCCAGUUACUAAGGCUGGAGAACAGCUGGCUCUUAACUUCCAGGCCUUCAGAGAAAACAGAUUACCAUUCAUAGUCCAUGUUAAAGAUCCCCACCAAGAUCCUAUGGGUAGAAUAGCUUUUAUGAAAGAGCCUAGAACAGGCCGUGAAGAGCCUUUACAGACCCCCAUCUGUAACUUAAAUAUUUCAUUGCCUGACGUUUGUAAGAUUGAAAAGAAACCAGUACCAACAGAAACUGUAACAAUGGAAAAAAAAUAUGGCUUUGUUGAAGAAACAGGACUAGCAUACCCAGAGCUUAUUCACCGUGCCGACCUUCGACUGUCUGAUAUUGCUCAGGGUUUAGGUGAAGACUGGGUUCAGCUGGCUGACCAACUUGGUAUUCCUGAAUCUGAUGUAAUUAGUAUCAGGAAGGAAUACCCUAAUGAUACAUCUCAACAAGCUUUGAUGAUGCUUCGUUUGUGGAUCCAUCGAUCAGAUUUACAGGCAACAGGCAAUAACCUGGAGAAGGCACUGAGAAAAAUCAGUAGAGAGGACAUUGUUAAUAAGUGCAUGUUUAAUGUAGAAGUUAUUACUGAUGAUGUAGAGAAGGCAGUUGCUAAAGCACAUCUUGACCAGUCAGGAUUUGAUACCUUGAAAGAUGAACUUGGUUCCUCACGAGAUACCUCACUACAACAAGAUAUUUCUUUUAAUGUGUCUUAUGAUGAACUGGACAUAAUGAAAGAGGCAGAAUCUGCUGAGGAAACCAGCAGUGAAUCUGAUUCUGACCAUGAAAUACAAUUGCCUAGUACAGUAGAAAAGAAACCAGAAGAAGAGUCCGACAAACAAGAAAUACAAGAACCAACCAUAUCUGAAGAAAUCUUUGACAAUAAGUUUCCAGAUGUUGAGCUGAAAGAAGAACCCAAAGUUGACCAAGAGUCAACUGAACCAGAAGAGAUUAUCACAGAAGUAAAACAAGGUGAUACUCAGACUACUCAAACUGAAACAAAGGAGAUCCUAGAUGAUGGCACCAUUAGGCAUACUGUCAACACAGUUACUAAGAUUACGGUUGUUCAUGACUUAGAUCAGCUACCUCCAGAAGUGAGUGCUAAGAUAGCAGAUUCAAAACAGUGUCCCUCAACUAAAACAGACAGUAGUCAUCUUGUCUUUUCAAGUUUGCCAGAUGAAAAACAACCAGAAACAACUACCAUUUCUACUGAUAUCACCUUAGGGCCAGAACUUGAAGGGAAAAAACCUGAAGUAGACUCACACACUGAAGAGAAAGAAUGGACAGAAACAGAUGAGUCGGGAGCAGUUCGACAUGUUAUUCAGAAAAAAACACAGAGCACUUUUGUAAUUAAAGAUGAAAUGGAACCUGAGGUGCAGGGUCAGAGGGAGGGUGAGGAACUAGAGAAGAAAAAUGAUCAAGAAGAAGAGAAAAUUGAGCUGCUUUCUCCAGAGAACAAGGAGGGAGCCACGACACAAUCAGAGGACCUUUCUCCAGAGAACAAGGAGGAAGCCACGACACAAUCAAAGGACUCCCCAGUUGAGAUUAUGGAGGAAAGUGAUAUUUACCCAGAGGGUGAGGUUCAGCUGAAGCCACUUGUAAUUACUCCAGAAACACAGCGUAGAUACAUGUGUAUUCCUGCCAAACAUAAAAAACAGUAUGAACCAGCUAUAGACAUCACAGGAAAAGAGUUGCACAUAGAUGAGACCUUUUCUGCCCCACCAAUAAUCACAGAUCCUGAAGAAGGAAAACUCUUUGUUGAUACUUCAUAUGUUCAUCGCUCACAGUCGACCCCAGAUUUUGUAAUUCUGACUGAAACUGAAGCCUUUACAUUCCAUCCAAAGAUGGAGGAGACAAAAGCAGCAGACAGAGAACAAGAUGGACAAAGUAGUGGCCUUUUGCAGCAAGAUAGGGAACAUAAGAAUGGUGAUGAUUAUUGGAUUGGACAGAGUACCACAGGAACCAGAUCGGUGACCACACAUACAGUCACCACAGUAGGAGCUGAUGGUCAGCAACAUACUGUCACUCAAGUGUCCACACAUUACGAUGAUGAAUUGGAUGAAAAUCUGAAGGAAAGCAUACAGGAGAUUAAAAACCAGUUCACAUCUGAUGAAGCCAGUCAUUAGGCAUUCUACAUUUUAACCACAUUGAGUAAAAGGUUGUUGUUUUUUUUAAGACUAACAAUGCUGUGUUCUUUUGGUUAGCUAUUCUUCCCAUAUUAUAUUAGUUUUAUGAGUGUUGUUGUUAAUGUUUCAGUCAAUGAAUUUCAAAUGCUUUUGGCUGAACUUAGAUUAUUUUUAAAACCUUUGAGGUGGUAGAGAAGAACUAAUGCCUUUUUUUUUCUAAAAACUCCAAAUACUAUGAAGAAAUGUAGCCAUUGCUAUUUUGACAUUCGAGCUUACUGUGCCAUAAGUGUACAUGUUGAUCAUUUAGCUAAAUGUAGAGUUUGCUUUACUGCCUUGCUUUGAAAAAAAUGUUGUAAAAACAUAUUAAUAUCACUAGUGUAUGAGUUUUAUUUGUUUUCCUUGUAAAAAUGUUUUUGUUUGUUCACAUUUGAAAUAAAUCUUUAAUUUUUUUGUCAAAAUUACCUGAAAACUUUAUUAAAUUAGUAUAUUUCUACCAUAAGUAAGCACACACACAGUAUAGUUAAUUUUUAUCGUAAAAAUUAUUAUAUGCUGAAAAGGAGACAUGGUUUAAUCUUUUUUUUCAACUUCUGUACAUUUGUGUUAAUCAUUUUACUUUACAAUGGGAAAGUAAAUAAAAAAUCUUAAUAUAGAGAUAGCAUGUUUAACUUUGAAAUUUGGAAAUUAUUAACUAUUUUUCUGAUUGGAUGUUUAUUUUUUACCAAAACUAUUGUCCUUGUGUAAGAGAUAUUAAUAUUAGGUAUUGUAUUUUUUAAUACUUUUUAAAAACAUUGCGUUAUACUGUACAAAAUAUAAUUCUGGUUAUAUCCACCAAGAGCUCUUUCAACCAGAAUUUAAAUAAUUGUGACUUAUUCAAAGGAAUUAGAUUUUUUCUUAUAUAAGUUCCUUACCAUUUUCAUCUACUGUCUUUGAAAACAUGCACUAAUUUAUGAUUCAGUCAUAGUUUUCCAUGGUAUAUAUUUUUUUAUCAGGCAGCUUACUAGUACAGUGUUCUAAAAGUACAUGUAGAAGCAAUUUUUUUCUGUCGUUGUUGGUAAAACAGCAGUUAAAUUCUCUCAGUGUUCAAGAAUUUAAAUUUAAGUUAAUGAAAAUGUGUUGUGAUUUAUACUCUACAGCUUAGUUUCUAACGCAAUAAAGCUUUCUUGUUUAGACAAGUGUUUA